AUGAAAUUUAUGUUUAUAUAACUUGUCUUAGUAGGAUUAAUAAUAAAGGAAUAUCUAUGCAAUUAGUGUCCAGAUCAGUAGAUAUUUGAUGCACUCACGAAUUCUUGCUUAUAGUGUUCUGAUUCUUGUUAGAGCUGCUUCAAUAUUGACGAUAAAUCUUGUAUUACAUGCCCAUAGAACACUUUUAGAAGUUCUGAUUUUAAAAAUAGUUGUGUAUAAACAUGCAAAAAUAAUGAAAUAAGCAUAUUAAUAGAGAACUAAAAUACUUGUGUCAAGUGCUCAGUUCCUGGUUGUAUUAGUUGCAAUGCUCUAUAGGUAUGUUAACAGUGCGAUACUAAUUUCUAUCUUGAUUAAAAUUAAAAUUUAUGCAUUUUAAAUAAACAAGUAUGUGAAUCAAACACCUAGUUUAUUCAAAACCCUUAUCUUGCUGCUUAAUGUGUUUAAACAUGCCCACAGUAAUAAUACUCCAACUAUAACUCACAGAUUUGCGAAUAAACUCUGUAGUGCAUUCAAGUUUAGAGCAAAUCAAGUUAAUAGUUUAAUUAGUAGAUUCUAUAGAUUUAAUCUAUUAAUUAAAAAUAGUUUAUAGUUAGAGCAAGAGCAUGUAAUAUAGGCCUUGUUGAUGAAAAUUCAAAUAUAAUAUUCUCAAAAGUGCUUUAAUCAAUAGAUAAUUUUGAUUCGCUUUAUGGAUUUAAGGAAAAUGAAAGUGAAGCUAUUAGUUUUAUAUCUGGUUUAUACGGAGGUUGCUCAGCUGGAAACAGAUUUACUGUAAUGAACUUCUCUACGCUUUAGAUUGAGUUUGAUUAAAAUAUAAAUUCUGAUUAUAUUAUCUGGAAAGUAGAUGAUGAAAAUUAAAUUGUGUUUUUAUAAAAUAUUUUAUAUGAAUAUAAUUUAGUGUAUUACGACAUAGUUUCCAAAUAAAUCCAUUCUAUAAAUUUAGGAUUAGGUAUAGGCUUCAAUAUAGCUAGUCUUAUGCAAGGCAGGUAUUUCAUCUUCUAUAAUAAUUAAUAUCAAGUGGGAGCACUUUAAAAAGAUAGAUCAAUCGCAUUCAAAUAAUUCGACUAUGACUAAUCUUAUUUUCCUCUAUCAUUUAUUUAAAUAGGAAAUAACUUAAUAUUAUAAGUGUACUAUGAUAGUGAAACCAAUAAUAAUAAUUUCUUGAUUGUUAACAUUUAAGAUAACGUACCUCAAACUGGUUAACAAGUUCUCUCUAUUCCAUGCUAGUGUAAAGAUAACACAUUCUUAAGUUAAAGUCUCAUUUUGGCUCUUUAAUAUGACACAACUUUAAAUACUUUACAAUUAACCUAAUUUGAUUAAUCAGGGAAAUAACUUAUAAAUUCAGUAAUUCUUACUUAAUAAUUCACCUUGGUUUAGACAUUUGAAAAUGUCUCUUUAAAUAGUUUUUUUGUUUUUUUGAGUAAUGGAAACUUCUUCUUUGCAAAUAUCACAGAUUUUAUUUACUAGUAUUAGUAAGGGAAGUAAUAAUUAGAUAUUAGUUAAAAUCUCAUUCCUGUUGACUUAAGCUUCAUUUAAUCUACUUCUACCUUGGUUAAUAUGACAUUCUAAUCAAAUAACAUAGUCAAUCUUUUCUUUUCACAAUUAAAAGACAACAACUUGUACUUUUAACAACUUGUAAAAAUUCAAUACAACAUGAACAAUCUUUCUUUUAAAAUCAGUUACAUCGACUCAUUUUAAAUGUAAAACUUCUACAAGAGUGGUUAUUAUUCACUGCCUUUGCCUAACUAUGCAGUAACAUUAAAUUAAAUGAUGCUCUACAUAGACAAAUCUUCAAAUAGUUACUCUCUUUAUUCCAUAGAUUAAGCAAAUCAACUUAAAUUACCAGCAAUUAAUAUUUAUUAGUAUGAUUUAGCUAUUUCUCUACAAAAUUUAUAAAAGAAAUCAAAGAUAUUAACCAAAAGCCAUAAAUUGCAGUUAAGCCAAAAUGAUGGAAAAUAUUCUUUUACUCGUUUUAUAGGAAAUUAAUACAUAAUUCUUACGACUGAUAUAUCUAAUGGAGUCUAAGAAUAAAUAAUCGACUUAUCCUCAGGAUAACAAAUAUAUGCAUAUAACUGCGGGUCAGUUGAUAUUUAAUAAUAAUAAAAUACCAAUAUAUAUUACAUUCAAUCUAAAAAUCUCUUAUUUGUGUAUGAAAUUUAUCAAAUUAUAGAUUUAACUGAAUAAAAUAAAGUAUUUAUAGAUUUAUCUAGCCAACCUAUUGAUAAAUUUAUAAUUUUAAGUGAUGAAACUUUUUUAAUCUACUAUUCAAAUAUGUAAUUGAUUUAGGUAGAUUUAAGUAGUGGUAGUUUAAUUACACUCUCUUAAUAAAUAACAUUUAUAGAUUUUUUGUAUAUCGAUUAGUAGAGCAGACACCCUUUAAUAUCUAAUAAUGAUUUAAUUUACCUGUAUAGUAGCACAUUUUAAGAUGGUUUUUAUUUUACUUACCUUAGCUAAGACACUAGAAACGUAUACUUUUAGAAUAACUACAGUCUUUAUAAGUUAGAUAUGCAAUUAAAAGUAUUACAAUAGCUUCAAUCAAAUAGUAGAAGUAAUUAUAUAAAUGGAAUUUUAGAUACUACCCAAUACAUAAAAAAGGAGAAAAAUAUUAUUGACACCAAAAAUAUGAUUAUUUCUAAAAGAUAGUCAGAAAUUAAUAUUUAUAUUGGAUAGGCAAAAUUUGGAGAUACUUAGGCUUACUUUUUUUAAUCAGAAUAGGGUCUUAACUGGCAUAAAAAUUUGUACAACUUCCCUUAUAAUGCUAUUAGCAUGAAUUCUAAUUAGAUUUUGCUUGAUUAAAAUAUUAAAAACAAUAAAUUUUUAGUUGCAGUUUACGAUAGUAGUCAAAAGAUUAUCUCUAUUUAUGAUAUUUAAAAAUAUAAUUCAGAAGCUACUUAAAUAAAUUUCAGCAUUUCUUUUACCUUAAAUAUUAAGUUUUUGGAUUGGUAAUAAGGAAUUUUUAUUUAUGUCUAAGGUAAUAUUCUCAAUCAGUACAACUCUUCGACUUCUUAGUCACUUUAAAACCCCUUUAAUCUAUAAUAAAAUAUAGAAUAUUAUGAUGUUUGUCCUUAACAAUAGAUAUUAGUAGCUCAGACCAAAACUGAUGUUAUUAAGAUAAACCUAUAAGAUAACACUUAAGUUACAUUGACAGAUUUUUUAUUUAAAUUAAAAUACUUUAAUUAAUUGACUAAUCCAAUAAGUUUUACUUUAGAUUGUGAUUAGAGUUUGAUUAUUUUAGAGCAACCUUGCUUUUACAUAUUCGACCUUAUCACGGGAAUGCCUUCGUUUGAUUUUUUUGCUUAAAAUUUUAUUUUUGGCUAAAAAAUAUGUGCUAAUCCUUUAGUAUAUAAAUAAUAAUAAUAAUUUAUUAUUAUUUACCCUACUUCAAUAUUCCAAUUUGUAUAGGAUAACUCAUUUCCUUUUCCAAACGACUUAAGUACUAGUGUCCUUUACCCUAAUAUUCUGGAAUGUUAGUUAGGCUAAUCUUAAUUAUUUAAUGAUAUUAAUUACAACGUAAUUUUAGCAGUCACGGGAUCAAAAAGACACAUGAUUUCUAUAAGAAAAUUCCCUAAAUAUUUAUAGACAUUUGAUUACUAUACCUAAAAUAUAUUUACACCAGACUUAACAUAUUUUUAUUCUAAUUGCUAAACUUUUAUUGUAUUUGACUAAUCACAAAAUUUUUAUCUUAUCAACUACUUGAGUAACAAUGUAACUUAUUUCUAAGUUAGCGCUAACAAUAUUAAGGGGUUGCUUGUCGAAGAGAGCUAAAAUAUGACCUUUUUAUACUCAGAUCAAUUAAUAUACAUUUACAGAUUUCCUACUAUGGAUUUUAUUGAAACUUUUUCUUUAUCAUAAUAUGGUCAAUCUCCUAUUUAAAACAUAUUUUUUAAUACAUAACUCCACAUUCUGACUGCAAUAACUUAGUCUGCUUUAGUUUGCUUUGAUCUAGUUGAGGUACUUUAUACCAGCGAAGUCAACUUAAAGUAGUAUUAGAAUAUUUAAAACAUAGUACUUAAUGAUUAAUAUUAGAUAUAUUAUAGUGAAUAAAAUUACUCUAUUAAUCUUCUUAACAAAGAAAUGGUAGUGGACAACUUAUUAUUUUAGCCAUUUUAGCAUUAAGUUUACCCUUACUUUACUCAAUUAGUUUUAAUUGGUUAAAACUAAUUCAUAUAUGUUUACUUCACUCAGCUCUAUAUCAUCUAGGUUAAUUUACAAACUCAAAAACUAUCCUCUAAUCAACCUAUUCCUCUGUAGGGUUCACCAGAUAACUUCUUUUUUGAUCAACCCAGAUUUUAGCUUCUUAUUUUAUAUAAAUAAAUUUACUAAUUAACAUCUAUAAGUUUAUAAUAGUAAUAGACAUAAUAAUAAGAAGUUAACCUCAUUAAAUUCACUGAAGGUAUCACAUCAUUAGCUUUCAUAUGUGGAGAUUAUGUAAUACUUCCUUCUGUAAAUAUAAUAUCAGUUUACAGUAUCAAAAGUAACUCAAUAGCCAAAAUUAAUAUAUCUUCAGGUAUCAAGAUUUAAUUUGUGUUUAAGCUUCAAUCUAAAUAAAUUUAAGCUAAUUAUUGGUGGAAAAUUCCCUUCGAAUAUGAAGAAAGAUAUAAUAGUAAUGACUUCGAUUCUUCGUAAAAUCAACAAACAAAUUUCUUAUGUGUUGUUUAUUAAAGUUCUUUAGAUUCUUCUCUCGUUCUAGUUAAUUUAUAAACAAUGUAAACACAAAAUAAUUUGUUGUUAAAAAAUACAAUAAUAACUAAUAUAGUUAAUGAUCCUUUCAGAAAAAUGAUCUAUGUAGUUACUAAUAAGGGAGUGACUAAUGUUUACAAUUAAUUUUUGGGAAAUAUAGGAAUUUUACAAAACUCAUGUCUUAAGCAAGCUAUAAUUUCGUUUGAUUCCAAUUUUAUUUACUCAGUAUGCCCUCUAAAUAUUAUAAUUUAUAAUGGAUUAAGCCUUUAAUAAUACCUUGUAAUAAAUUCAGGAUUAUAAGAAGCAUAUAACAUUGUUAAUGUGUAGUUCAAUAACUAUUUCCUCAUUUUUUAGAAGAGUAAAGUUGAUCUUGUGUAGAUAUUUUAAAAUUCUACUUACAAAGUAUACUUUGAAAAUAAUGGACUGUAUCAAGAGUUGUAAGUUCUUCAGCUUUAAAAGAGUACUAAUGGCUAACAAACAUUAAAUUUUAUAGUUUCAUCAAAAAAUAAUAUUUAAAAUCUAGUUUUUCCUUUAACUGAUAACUAGUAAAAUUGCAACAUUUUUAUAGAGCAGCAAAAUCGCAGCUUAGAGAGCACUUACUCAGCAGUUGUUAUUGAUCAAACAAUAUAGAAUUUAUAGAAUAUUUAAAAUUCAAAAUUGUAGCUCAUAGAAAUAGUUUAUAUGGACUAGCAAUAGAUUGGAAGCAUAUAAUCAAAUUAUUUCAAUUCUUCUCAAAUAAAUGCCAAUCUAACUUUGAGAAUGGAGUCUAAAUCUACUAUGAAUUAGAUUUAUUGGUAAGAUGGUAGCAUUUAUUCUUAAUAGAUAUAAAAAAUAUAAAUAUAUCAAAUGCAAUUGAAUGUUAAUGCAUUAAAUCUUAAUACUUAAGGCUAUAUGAAAACAUUAUAGAUUUCAAGUGUGACUCUAAAUGUUACUUAAAGUUUGGUAUUAACAAACUUUAUCAGUGUUUAUCUUCAAAAUAUAAACCUGAUUAUACCAAAUACAUAAGCAUUUUAAUCGAUUACUAUUAGUAAUUGUAAUUAACUAUUUAUCGAAUAAUUAACUUUGAACAAGAUAAGCACUCUUUAAAAUGUACUGAUUAAAAUUUCGAAUGUUAACACUGUAGUUAUAAAAAAGUUAAAUGUCUUUGGUUUAAGUAAUCUUACAGUUUUUUCUCUAAGCAAUGUUUAAGACUUGCAAAUUUAGUCUGUGGAUGUAUAGCAAUCUUAAGGAAUAAACUUAAUUUAGAUUUAGUAAAAUAAAAAUAUGAAUGUUGAAAAUAUUUAACUAAUUUCAGUUAGUAACUCAAAAAUCUUAAAUAUAUUUGGUGCUUAAACUACAAUAAUUUAAUAAAUUACAUUAAAAAAUAGUACUUCUUUAAGUGUAGUUGAUAUUUAAGAACUAGUCCUGAAUUCAAUCACUUAUAAUUGCCAGUCCUACUAAUUAAGUAAUGUUAUUAUUAAUAAUUCAACUGAUAUUUCAUUUGAUUCAUCUGUAGAUACAGUUUAAAUUCAAAAUUUGACUUUGAAUUAAAUAAUUAACAACCAAAAGAAUAUAUUUAAUAUUGCAGCCUCUUAAUUCUUAUUAAAUAAUACUAUAAUUCAGUAGUCUUAAACAAAUCAAAAUAACAUAUUUGCAAUAAAUGUGAUAAGCAUAAUUGAUUUGCACAUACAAAAUUUUACCUCAAGCUAUAAUUAGAUAUAAAUGAUAUGUGUAAAAUAGCAAAAAGACAAAGGGUAAGCUUAAUUAAUAUCUUCUCAAUUUUUAAAUAAUAUAAUGACUGGAGACAAUCCUCUAAUUAGUUUGCAAAAUGUGGUUUAGAUGGAUUUUAUUUUUGUAAUCAUGAAAGAUAAUACCAUCUCAGGAAAUACUUACUCUUCUUUACUAUAGAUUAGUUAAAGUAAUUAAGUUACUAUUAACAGUAGCAAUUUUACAAGCAACAUAAAUUAUUAAGGAAUAGGAGGAGCAAUAUCAAUUACUGAAAGCUUAACUCUUAAGCUUAAUUAAGUAAUUUUUUCAUAAAAUAUUUGUUCAAAAUAAAAUGGAGGAGCUAUAAAUUUCGUCAAUACAUUAUAUUAAGGUUAAAUAAUAGCUAACUAUGCUUAAUUUAUGUAAAACUAAGCACCAAUAUCCACAGGAGGUGCUAUUAACAUAAAUAAUAUUAAUGUAUAAAUGUAAAAUUCUUAGCUUUCUUCAAAUAAAGCUCAAAUAGGAGGAGCAAUAUUUUAUUAGUUGGUUAUCCCUGAUUUUGUGUUGUAAUCACAAAAUAAAAUCAACAAUAACAACAUUAUUAACAAUAACUAUGCAGAUAUAUUUGGAAAAAAUAUUGGAUCAACUUUAAGGAAAAUUCAAGUAGAUCUAUAAGGUAUAUCUGCUCCUAAUACCACCUCAAUAGUGCUUUAAAAUGAAAAUCUUAUUGUUUCAAAUAUUUAAAGUGGUUAGUAAAUUAUUUUUCAUAAUAUUAACAUUUUGGAUGAAGAGAAUAACCCUAUUUAUAUUCCUUCAAUUUCAAGUUAGAAGAAAAUAAGUAAUGAUGUUAUAAAAAUAAUUAACUAAAUUUAUGUUUAAGUCAUUUGUGAUUAAAGCAAUUUACAAAUCUAAUGUUUGGGUGAAUUAAAAUCUAAUGAUUUUUCUAAUGGCGGAUUUACAUUAACAACCCAAUUGAUAUACAAACCCCUAAGUAAUAUGCAAUUUCGAAUUGUUUCAAAUAUAUAACCCUAACUAGCUGAUUCAAAAGGCAACAUUUAUAUUAGUCAAGGAUUAUUGGAAUUUAAUGUUUAGAUCAAUUUCAGCUAAUGCCAGGUAGGAUAAAUUUUGAAAUAGUUUUCUUAAUCUACAAUUUGUGACUAGUGUUUAGAAGGAAAGUAUUCAUUAAAUAUUAAUGAUGGUUAAUGUAAUCCUUGUCCAGAUUCUGCAUUAAAGUGUGAAGGUUCAUAAAUAUACUUAAAAAAUGGAUAUUGGAGAAGCAGUGAACUCUCUGAUGAUAUUAUAAAUUGCAGCUUCAAUCCAGAUGCAUGUUAGGCUGAAGAUCCUGAGUCAAUACAUUAUUGCCAAAGAGGACAUGUUGGAAUUAUUUGCAAUAAUUGUGAUACUUAUGGAGAAGUUUGGGGUGAGAGGUAUGCUGAGAAUUUUGGUACUGGAGUUUGCUAAAAAUGCAGUGAUAACAUGUCAAUAAUAAUAGCAAACAAUUUAUUAAAAUUAUUUUUAAUAAUUAUAUAUAUCAUGUUUAUGAUAAGAAAUUUACAGAAACAGAUUUACAUCAAACUAGUAGGUCACUACAUAACUAAAUCAGGAAUGCUAUUUUUGGGCAACAGCUAUAAAUCUGAUAAGUCAAAGAUAUUUUCAAAAAUCUUAACUGAUCACUUGCAAAUUCUUUCUUUAGUUUGUGGUAUGUUCAAUAUACCUCUUUCAAUCACUCUACCUAUUUAAAUAACAGGAAAUCCUUUGAAUUCAAUAAGUAAAUCAAUUGAUUGCGCUAUUGGUAAGAAUUCUAAUGCUAAACCAAUAUGGUUUUAUAAUUUAUUAUGGUCAUUCUUUCUGCCACUACUAACAAUAUUAGUUUAUCUUAUAUUCGCUACUUUACUUUAUAUCUUUAAAAGAAGAAGUACCUUGAAAUUCUUUAGAUCUGCUGCAAUAUUUAUCUAUUUUUACUACUUUACUUCAAUUGUUACUGUUUUGAGUAGAUCAUUGAACUGCUUUUCAAUAGGGAGUGAAAAUUAUUUAGAUCUAGACUUAAGCAUUAAAUGUUAUGAUUCAAAAGAUCAUUUGCCUUAUGCUCUUUCAAUUACUUUACCUCUUUUAAUUUUCUACGGUAUCUUAAUACCAAUUACGUUAUUUAUCAAAAUUUAUCUAAUGCAUAAGAGAAAAGUCUCAAUUAUAAUAAAGACCUAAUAUUCUUUCAUUUUUGCAGGUUUUAAGGAUGCUUUCUUUUAUUGGGAGUUUUACAAAAUAUUUUAUAAAACAUCUCUGAUUCUUGUUUUUGUACUUCUAAAGUAAAAUCCAUUUUUGCAGGUUGCUUUAGUUAACAUUUUCAUGAUAAUAAAUUUCUUUUUGUUAGUCAGACUUAAUCCAUACUCUAGGAAAAUAUACAAUAACUAUUAAGUUCAUUCAACUUUUAUUUGUGCACUAACUCUCAAUUUGUACUUUUUAUAGAGCUAUUCAGCAAAAAUGGAAGCUACUGAAGAUAUAAUUUUGCUUAUUGUGGCACUUUUGAAUAUUUAAUUUAUUAUAAGGCUUGCUUUUGGAAUUAUAAGAAUUGUAAUUCCAUAAGAAAAAGAGGACAGAAAUAAUCUUCAAAAACUUAUAUUUUUUGUGAAGAAAAAAUUUCCAAGAAUUUUUGAAAAUAUCGUAAUUUAAAAUUAAAAAAAUAUAGCUGUUUUACUGAAGCUAAAGAAUGUGUAAAAGAAAAUUAAAGGCUUGAUUAAGACUUUAAAAAGUAAAAGUAUUUACGAUAUUAUGUAAAUACAAGAAGAUGCUAAAUAAAAGGAAACCAAAAUAUCAAAAGAUAUAAUGAUCCCAAUGGAAAAUAUGGUAAACUCUAAUUCUGCAAUUUUACAGAAUAAUUAAAUUGAUUCUCUAAGCUCAGCAAGAAAUAAUUGGAACUACUACACCAGAAUGACAAAAAGCAUUAAGCUUUAGUAAAUUGCAAGUAUUUAAAAUAAUGUAAUGUCUCCUUAACAUGAUGAGAAUCAAUAGCUAGCAAAAAUUGAUAGCGAUCUAAAUAUACAGGAAUAUAACAACAACAUUCAGUAGCAAAUUACAAAUUAUUCAUGUUAGUUUUUGACUCCUUAAUAAAAGGCAGAUAUUUAAAAGCAAAAUCUUUUAAGCAGUAGUAGUUAAGAUGAUUAAUUCUAAUUAGAUAAACAAAUUUAGAAAAAUAUAAAGAAACUACAGUAAGAAAAUAAUAACCUUCUUAAUCUUGAGAAAGAAGAUAGUGAGUAAAUUUAAGAUUAGGAGAAAUAAUUAGAAAAAUAUACCCCAUGUAAAUUAAAUUAAAAAUACGAAUAUAAUUUAUAGAUUGAUUUAAAAACGAUAGCUGAUGACAAAAAGAAUUAAGGAACAGAAACUUAACUAAGUCUAUUUAGCAAAGAAAGACAAAUGAAGGAAGAAAAUAGAUAAGCCUCUUAGCUUACUCAGCCUUUAGAAACAGAUUCAUUAUAAAAAGAAAAAAAUUUGACUGACUAAAGUGAGAAAUUGCUUGUUUCUAGCGAAAAAUGA